AUGCCCAUUGCAGAUUCUAACUCGCCGCUUUUCCCCAUAGGGAAGGACUUGACCAUCCCAACUGAUGCCAAACCGGUGGCAUCCACCGCGUCUGUGCAGAUAUAUAUCAAGUUGGCGGAGCCUGUUGUUUUUCUACAGGAUUUCGAGAACUUGAAUCACAGCGAUAAGCCCCCCGGGAUCCUGAGAGGUUCCUUGAUUUUGAGGAUUCUGAAACCUACUAAAGUGAAGAACCUGACUUUGAACUUCAAAGGUUAUGCACGUACAGAAUGGAUCGAAGGUAUACCGCCAAAGAAGCAGGAGUUUGCCGAGAUUAACGAUAUCAUAAAUCACACUUGGCCGUUCUACCAGUCCUCAGAGCAUCACCACUCUCAUCAUGCACAUUCUUCAACGGCCUCUAGCUCUCCAGCUGCAAGUAAUGCAACUUCAAAUAAUAGUGGAUCGAAUACAAGAACAGGGACUCCUGGUAACGAGGACAGUCCUGUUUAUAAAGGCACAGGUGCCGCAUUGUAUAGACCUUUACCAAGAAGUACCAGCGAAAGAGCACUUAGAACUGGUGCUACUCAGUCAUCUACACCAACAAAUUUCUCUCCUUUGAAGAAUAAUACUGUUCUGAGGUCAAAAUCAAAGGAUAAUCUAGAUGACUUUGCCAGAAAGCGUGUCCUUUCUAGGGCUUCAUCCCAUUCGACUUUGACUAACAAUAGUUUUAACAGUUCCAGUAAUAACAAUAAUGGCCACACCCUAAAUAAAACCCUAUCACCAAUGAGUUUUUUGAGAAGAGCUACAUCCUCGAACUCUGCCCACGCUUUUGGCGUAAAUGAUACACCUUCAGCCUCACAUAGAAACGGCGCUUCAACACCUACUCAUCCUGCACCAACAGGCUCAUUCAUUUCUGAUAUAUUGAGCGGAAACUUUGCAUCUCCAGGCGAUUCCACAACUCAUAAUCAUGCAGGAAACUCCUCACACCAAGUGAACUCUAAUAAUCAGAGUCAACAGGCUACUGCAGAUUUUGAUCCAGUAGGUGAGAAUGGAACUUUUCAACCUGGUGAUUAUAUCUAUCCGUUUGAACAAUUGAUUCCUCAAUCAUACCCAGAAACAGUCAAGGCUGAGUUCGGAUUUGUUGAGUAUUAUUUAUUCGUAAGUUUGGAGAGACAUGGUCCAUUUAAGUCUAAUCUAACUGGUAGAACUCCGGUCAAUAUCAUAAGAACACAGUCUGAUAACUCGGUGGAAGAGAGUGAACCAAUAAUUAUCUCUAGGGAUUGGGAGAAUGCGUUAUUUUAUGAUAUUGUAAUUGGUUCUAAAGAUAUUGUCUUAGAUGCUUUUUUGCCUAUAAAUUUUAGACUAUCACCAAUGGAAAAGCUAACAUUACAUAGAAUAAGAAUUUAUGUUACCGAGACAAUGGAAUAUUUUUGCAAGAAUCAGAAGGUACAUAGGAUUGAGCCCACUAAAAAGUUUUUACUUGCAGAACACAAAGGUCCAAGAGUCCCAGGUUUACCGAAAGAUGCAAAUUAUAACAAGGCUAAGAACAUGGGAAAUUUGCUAUUAGAUGAAAGUUCCGGGGAUUUGGUAAAUAAAGAGUUUCAAUACCAACUAUUUGUUCCUAGUAAGUUCAAUAAUCAUCAAAAAAUACACCCAGAUACGACGUAUGACAAUAUCAAAGCCAACCAUUGGAUCAAGAUAUGUUUACGACUCUCUAGAGUAGUCGGAGAUAAAAGAAAACAUUAUGAAAUUAGUAUUGAUUCUCCAAUGCGUGUUUUACAUAAGCUGUGUUCACAUGCGAACACACUAUUGCCAAGCUAUGAAAGUCACUUAAUCUUCAAUAAGCAAAACUUUACUGAUAGCAGUUCACAAAAGAAUAGGGAAAGCACCAAUGAUAAUGAACUUGGUCUGUAUCAUGAUUCUAAUAUUUUCUUUCCUAAAGAAGUCCUGAUGUCACCAUUGCUGUCGCCUGAUGUUCAGGCAUUGGAUGUAAACACAGAAUCGAUAUAUAAUGCACCAUACCGUGUUAUACGUCAUGAUGAGUUUGAUGACUCCAGGCAUAAAUCAGGAAAUGAUCCUAGCGCAAAUGUUUUCAAUUCUCCCACUUUGAAAUCAAACAUUUAUCAACCUGAUUCAAUUCAAAGAGAGCUUGCCUCUCCUCAAGCUGUCCCACUUUCGCCAAUGCUAUCAUCACUUUCACUUACUGAUUUUCAUCAAUCAAACCCUCCUGAUUUCGAAAGCCUGGAAGACCAGCUUUCAGCAGCAACUACUAGGUCCAAUUCGCCAAUGAUUCUACCAAAAGAUCCUCCUACCUAUAAAGAAGCUACACACAAUGACCCUUCCGGUGUGGUAGCUUCUGCAAGUAUACCUAAAAUAAAAUUGAGUCAUUCUCAAGAGUCUCUACCGAUUAAUAAUAAAAAUCUUCGUAUCAAAGGGCUGACACCAUUCUCAGAUACUGCCUCCAUAGAUACGUUGAGUAAUGAUAGCGAUAUUGCGGCCGGAUUCCAAUUUAGCUCUUCACCAAAUUUAACCCAUUCACUAUUGAGAUCUCAUUCACCAUCUAUGAUAUCCCUCCAUACAGGUGAGAAUGUUAAGAAUACCCCACGUCUUGAUGUUAGCCAUGAUAAUAUGCCUUCUACUAUUAGAGAUGACCGCCAUUUUUUUAAUGACAUAAGUCAGAUUUUGGGAGAUGAAGCGGAAGAGAACGAGAACCAUUUGAAACUGAGCAGGACUCAUGAAUCAUCUAAUGGUGAGGCUUCAGCACGUUCAUCAUUCGACAUGUCUGCUAUUAAUUUUAGGAAGGAUAGUGUCACAGCUGAGCCAUUACUUUCCAAUCGCAAUAACUCUCAAAUUUCUGGUAUUGGCAAUUUUGCAAUGCCAUCAAAAGAAUCUUUACCAUUACUAGGAUCACCCACAGAUUCUUCUGUUGAUAUAACAGCACUAUAUGAUAGAAACUCUGCUGCCUGGCAUCCUCUGCAACUAGAGGGUGAAAUACCACUCUCUCCUAUAGUGAGUAACGAAUCACAUUCAAACAUGUUAUUCAAGGCAAAUCAAAGACCUAACGAUGAUGCUACAAAUACAUCUCACGAUGACAUGCUAACUAGGGAUGUUAAUCCAACCGAUGAUUCAUCAGGAGGGCUAUCAGAUACGGAUCACAGAAGAACCUCACAUAUAGGCGAGCAUGAAAAGCCCAUAACUAACGCAGCUGAAACACAUAAAAAUAUCAAUGCGGUAGAUAGUAUAUGA